AUGGCGGCGAGAGGUCUUGUUAAGGAGCUCUGGGAUGAAGCCUCUUGCUCCAUCUGCCUGGACUUUUUCAGGGAUCCGAUGAUCCUCACCGAGUGCGGCCACAACUUCUGCCGAGACUGCCUGACUCAGAGCUGGGAGGAGUUAGGGGUUGAGCCUUCCUGCCCCCAGUGCAGAAGAAGAGCUUGGAAGAAGAACCUCCGGCGGAAUCUGCAGCUGGCCAACUUUGUGGAAAUAGCCAGGAAAUUCACUCUUCAGGAGGGAAAAGAGGCCGGUGGGAAGGGGGGAGACGGAAAGGGGCGACUCUGCGAGAAGCACCAGGAGCCCCUGGAACUCUUCUGCAAGGACGACAAAGCCCCCCUCUGCCUGGUCUGCGACAGGUCCAAGGAGCACCGAGAUCACCAAGUGGUUCCUCUGGGGAAGGAAGCCCGAGAGAAGAAGCCAUUUGUAGCGGCUGGAAAGGAGAGAGUUUGCCAGAAGCACCAGUGGCCGCUGAAGCUCUUUUGCAAGGAUGACCGAGUUCCCAUCUGUGUGGUCUGCCAGCGAUCCAAGGAGCACAGAUAUCACGAAACCCUUCCUCUUGAGGAGGCCUCCAAAGAGUACAAGGAUCAGUUCUGCAGUUGUCUGAAGAUUCUGAAGAAGGAGAGAGAAGGAAUUCUGGCACAUAAAGGAGAUGUCAUGAAGGAAAGCCAAGAGCUGCUUAAGCAAACCAAAGGAGAGAGGCAAAAGACAUUAGCCAAGUUCAGGCAACUGCGCAAGUUUCUGGAUGAGGAAGAAAAACUUCUGCUAGCCGAGAUGGAAGAGGUGGAGAAGGAGGUGGCAAAGAAAAGGGACCAGCUCCUGGCUGGACUCUCUGAGGGACUCUCCUCUCUGGAGAGCCUCAUCCGGGAGAUGGAGGAGAAGAGUCAGCAGCCAGCCAGUGAUCUCCUGCAGGAUGUCCGAAGCACCUUGCGGAGGUAUGAAGAAAAGGAGAGGUUUGAGAAUCCAGUGACUUUUCCUGUUGCAUUGAAGUGGAGGAUCUGGGACAUCUAUGACAUCAAUCACUCGCUGGAGGGGGUCAUGAAGCAGUUGAAAGAUGGAUUUCAGGUGCACAAAGCAAAUGUAACUCUGGAUCCGGACACGGCCCAUCCCGAACUCAUCCUGUCCAAGGAUCAGAAAAGUGUGAGACGAGGAAAAACACCUCAAGCUCUGCCCAACAAUCCUGAGAGAUUUGACAAAUAUGCCUUUGUUCUGGGACAUGAGAGAUUCACAGCCGGCCGCUAUUUCUGGGACGUCCUUGUGGGAAGGGAGGAUGCAUGGGGUGUGGGGGUUGCCAGGAAUUCUGUGCAGAGGAAGGGAGACAUCGUCUUUAGUCCUAAGAAAGGGUUCUGGGAGGUGGGGAAAUGGGAGGGCUGCUACAGGGCUUCAACAAAUGACCGUGUUACUCUCCAGACCCCAAGUGGGGAACUCAAGAAGAUCCGAGUCUGUCUGAAUUAUCUUGGGGGUCGCGUAGCCUUUUUCGACCCUGACAGAGCAGCCCUGAUCUACGAAUUCUCUGAAGCCUCCUUCUCUGGAGAGACCCUUCUGCCCUUAUUUUGGGUGCGUUCCAAAGGCCACCUCCAACUCUCUUAAGACAGCAGGGCCAUUGAUAUGACUGAACAGUCCUGUUUUAUAGCUCUGGAAAGGCCUU